AUGACUUUAAAUUUUGAAAUAGAUGGAGAAGAAUACCAUGAAUUUAAUGAAGAGGAUCCAUUUUUAAUGGAAGCUAUAGCAGAGGACUUGCAGUUGAACUUUAUUAAUGGUGCAUUUAAAGUGGGAAAGUUUACGACUCAUUCAGAAGUAGCUCAUAAUCUUUCUGAUGAGCAGUUACAAGAAUUUAUUGAUACAAUAGAUGAUAACAUUGGUGAUUUAUAUGUUAAAUACCGUGGGAACGAAUGGAAGGAUGAUAAAGAAGACGAAAUGACCGAACCAGGAUUAGUGAUGGUGUGGUUUAAAGAUGAUGCUGAAGAGCUUGUUGGAUAUUUAUCGUUCAAACUAUGCGUGGAUGACGAUGGUGUGUUUGUGUUGUACCUUUUUGAAAUCCAUUUAGUUAAAGAGUACCAAGGAAAAAAGUAUGGUCGUCAGAUUAUAGAUCAAUUUCAUGAUUUCGCUCAACUUCUAAUGAAUUCCAAGAACGAACUUUACAGGACAGUUCAAGGGACAGCUUUAACAGUGUUUUCCGAUAAUGAACGAGCAUUCAAGUGGUACAGCACUUUAGGAUAUAAGUUAACUGAAGGGUCUCCAGUAGAUAAGAAAUUGAGAAGUGGCAAAGUUGUCAAACCAGAAUAUUAUCUCAUGAGAAGAGAGUUGCAAUGUAAAUAG